AAAAGUUCUCCUAUCGAAGAAACACGACCAUGUGUCAGCUCGCCGCUUCGCCGCCUCUCUAUAGGGGCUUUAGGAGAAGAUAGUGCGACGCGUGUUCGCCGAAUAUCGGUUGGCUCUCUCGUCUUUGAUGGAUAACGGCGAGGGCCCAUUGGACACUGAUCACCCUUGGGCCUGUCUGUCAAGUAGACAUGUUUCAAACUGUCCCUGACACGUCGUCUUACGUCAAGGUAAGACACCAUCGUCUCUUCGAUCAGGAGGCGCUAUCAGUGGUGAGUGAAGACCAGUCCCUAUUCGAGCCUCCGUACGCUACUGCUGCCCCUCUCCCCAAGACAGACAUGACUGCAUCUGGCACACAGGACUACGGCCAGACACACAAAAUAAACCCCUUACCCCCACAGCAGGAGUGGAUCAACCAGCCAGUGCGGGUCAACGUCAAGAGAGAAUAUGAGCACAUGAAUGGAUCUAGCAGGGAGUCUCCAGUGGACUGCAGUGUGGGUAAAUGCAAUAAGCUUGUGGGGAGUAAUGACACUUCUCAGAUGAACUAUGGAAACUACAUGGAUGAGAAGAACGCCCCUCCCCCCAACAUGACCACCAAUGAGCGCAGAGUCAUUGUACCAGCAGACCCCUCCUUGUGGUCUCAGGACCACGUGCGGCAGUGGCUGGAGUGGGCCAUCAAGGAGUACGGCCUGUUGGAGAUCGACACGGCCAUGUUCCACAACACAGACGGCAAGGAGCUCUGCAAGAUGGGCAAGGACGACUUCCUUCGGCUCACCACCAUGUACAACGCCGAAGUACUUCUCUCUCAUCUCAAUUACCUCAGGGAAAGUAAGUAAACGCUGCGCGACCGGACACACAAAGGUGAAUGGGGAAGAACACUGGAUGUUAAUCCAUUUAAUCGUUGUUGGACCAAAUAUUUGAACCAUACGAAAACAUCUGAGAGGUUGUCCUGCCAAGGACGAAGUGUGCCUGAGUAAGACACCCUAACCCUUAAUUGCUCCCUGUGCAAAAGAGUAAAAAACAUGGGCUAAAAAUGCA